AUGGCAACACCUCUCCUCGCACUUCUAGUAAUCCCUGGCUUGUUCGUUGUCUUUGGCUUCUGGCUAUGGAAAGUCAACCGAGGAAUCACCGUUGUCCCUCCGGAGGCUCUCGCGAUGUCUCCUACACGUUGGGAUCCAGCUGAAAUACGAAGAGUAGCUGCUGAAGUCAAGGAAGUGCCUUUAGACACGCUUCCGUUCCUUCCACCGUCGACAGGAAGACGCUAUGUUCUCGUAGGAGGCUCAGGACUUGUUGGCGGAUGGAUAAUUCGACAUCUCAUUGCCCGUGGAGAGGACCCAAAAAAUAUUCGUAUCAUCGAUAUACGCCGCCCAACACGUCAAGACAUUCACGCUGACCGAGUGGGCUUCGUCUCUGCUGAUGUUAGAGAGCCUGAAUCCCUUCGCGCAGCUUUCGCUGUUGAAUGGCCCGAAGGAGCCUCGUCAAAGAAAGGGAUCACUGUCUUCCAUACCAUUGCGCUGCUUCGCUACUACGAACGUCAUCAAUCCUUCAUUCCCCGUUCUUCAGUUGUCAAUGUAGACGGCACUGCCAACGUGCUGGCUGCGGCGAAGAAUGCUGGCGUCGACAUCUUCAUUUAUACGUCUUCUGCUAGCAUUCCCAUCCAACGAACCAAUUUCUGGGUAUACCCAUGGCAGAAACAUCCAAAGACAAUAGUCCAGAUUAUCGAUGACGCGACACCCUGCCCAAGUCGGCACGACGAAUUCAUUUCGAACUACGCCUACACGAAGCACCUAGCGGAGGACCUGGUCCGAAAGGCCCACGACCCAGAGAACGGCUUCCGAACUGGUUGCCUUCGACCCGGAAGUCCGAUCUAUGGGCCAGGGGGCGACCUGUGCGCUGGUGCAUACCUGCUUCGCAGUGUCAACCCCUCUUGGGUUCACCCGAUCAUCCAGUCCAUGAUCUAUGUGGAGAACGUCUCGUAUGCUCAUCUUCUGUAUGAAUCAAGGCUCCUCGAAACGCAAUCUGCGUCGCCGACAUCAGCUCUUCAUCGACUGGGUGGUCAGGCAUACUCCAUCACUGACCCAGGAAAUCCCAUUUCUUACGGGGACCUGUAUCUCGCCCUCAGCACUCUCACCGACGAUAAGGUCCAGUUCCCAAAACUACCAGCCGGCCUCAUGCUUGUCAUCGCCACCCUCGUUGAGGCUUACUACGUUUUCCAAGCGCGUUUUCCGCGGUUCCUGCCGCCCAUUACUGGCGAUAUCGUCAAUCUGCAGCCGUCGCUCUUUGAUUUGGCCUCCGUGCAUCUGAAAAUAGACGACGCACGCGCGCGAUUGGCUCCGGAGGACGGAGGGUUGGGUUAUCGGCCCCCGUGGACUACCGUUCAGGGCGUUUGUCAGCUUGUCAAUGACCACCUGAAGGGGGCGGCGCAUUCAGAAGAAUACCAGAAGACAAACGGGGGGAUUGGGUUUAAGUUUCCGAGUCGGUCUGCAGCUAAGAAGGAAUCUGCUGUGACCCCGGGAAUUGCAGGAAAUAGGUCAGGCAACAUAUCCACCGGUCCGUGA